CCGGAUAUUCAAACCGUUGCCCGCAUUUCAAUAAUCCCAUCAAUUUGGAUAAGCAAUUCUUUUACACUCACCGCCACAAAUCAUAAAUCACAAUUUUCUCUUCUUCCACCACCGUCACCCACGCGCCUCCGCCUCCGCUUCCGCUUCCGCCACCAUAUAUCUAUGGUAAUUUCUUCAUUCUCCCCAGUAACCUCCACUAACCUCUCUCCCCACCUUUUUCUACUUUCUCCCAAACCCUCGCUACGAACUCCACGUUAUCGCCCCUCGCAGAUCUUCUACUUCGCUCGCUACGCCGCAUCAAGCGGCCGGAAUGCUCUAAUCUCUAGCUCUAUAAACCAGAAUCCGCCGCGAAGUCUGUUUCCCGGCGGUUACAAGCGUCCGGAGAUCAAAGUGCCGAAUAUAAUCCUCAGAUUAAGCUCCGAUGACGUGUUAAGAGAUGAUAGGGCGAUACUUGACGCCGUUGACGACGCCGUUUCCGGUAGAGUUGGAAUUGUACUGCUUACCGGCGGCGAAGGCAGCGGCAAGAAGUUGUAUGAGGCGGCCUGUUUGCUGAAGUCUGUGAUACGGGAUCGUGCUUACUUGUUGAUCGAUGAGCGCGUCGAUAUUGCUGCUGCGGUUAAUGCCAGCGGCGUUUUGCUUUCUGAUCAAGGUCUGCCUACUAUUGUGGCAAGGAACACCAUGAUGGAUGCAAAAACUGAUUCAGUGAUUCUUCCUUUGGUAGCAAGAAAUGUCCAGACUCAUGAUGCUGCAUUAGAUGCUUCUAAUUCUGAGGGUGCUGAUUUUCUUAUUUAUACCAUUAACGAAGAUGCUCAGCUGGAAGAUCUGGUUACCUCCGUGUUUGGCCGUGUAAGAAUACCAGUUUUUCUCAUGAUUGAUUCUCUUAAGGACGGUACAUCCUUGAAAAUAUCACCAGAUUCACUUAGAUCAGGAGUUAGUGGUUUAGUUGUUUCAGUGGAUGAAUUGAACUUGUUGAGUGAAGAUGACUUGAACAAUUUGUUUUACCGUGAGUAUGCAUCAAAUAAGAAGGUAGAGGAUGUCGGUCAAAGUUUUGACAAUAUCAGAACCAAAGAUACGGAGAAUGGCUUUUAUGGGGAGAAGAUGAUUUCUGGGCUUACCAGAUUGGAAGAGAGAGAAAAGCAGUUCAUAGACAAAGAGAGAUCGAUUUUGGUUGAAGCUAUUGAUGUCAUCCAAAGAGCUGCACCACUGAUGGGGGAUAUCUCACUUCUCAAAGAUGCUGUUUCUCAACUUAACGAGCCAUUUUCAUUGGUUAUAGUGGGAGAGUUCAACUCUGGAAAGUCGAGUGUUAUCAAUGCUUUUCUUGGGCAAAGAUACUUAGAGGAUGGGGUUAUUCCUACAACUAAUGAAAUUACCUUUCUACGCUAUUCUGAGUCAGAGUUUAGUGAACAACGGUGUGAAAGGCAUCCCGAUGGCCAAUACAUAUGCUACAUACCUGCUCCAGUUCUGAAAGAAAUGGUAAUUGUUGAUACUCCUGGAACAAAUGUGAUUCUCCAAAGGCAACAACGGUUGACCGAGGAAUUUGUACCUCGUGCAGAUUUGCUUCUUUUUGUCAUGUCGGCUGACCGACCAUUGACUGAAAGUGAGGUUGCUUUUCUUCGCUAUAUUCAACAAUGGAAGAAAAAAGUUGUUUUCGUGCUGAAUAAAUCGGACCUGUAUCGAAAUGCGGAUGAGUUGGAGGAAGCUGUUGCCUUCAUCAAGGAAAACGCUGGGAGGAUGCUGAAUGCUGAACAAGUCACCUUAUACACUGUAUCUGCACGGAGUGCUCUUGAAGCGAAACUUUCAGCUUUUAGUGGUGUGCAAAAGCAAGAAAAUAUCUUGAACACUCAAUAUCCAGGGGCAAACAACUUCUCCGAUCUUGAAAAGUACUUGUACAGCUUUUUGGAUCCAUCGACAAGUAACGGGAUAGAACGAAUAAAGCUUAAGCUGGAAACUCCAGUAAAGAUUGCUGAGCAGUUGCUUUCUGCUUGUCAAAAGCUUGUCAGGGAGGAGAAACAGCAAGCCGAAGAGGACUUGGUCUCGGUGAAUAAUAUUCUAAGCAGUAUAAAAGAAUAUACAUUGAAGAUGGAAAGCGAUAGCAUUUCUUGGAAGAGACAGAUUUUGUCUCUGAUAGAUAAUGCGCAAGCACGUGCAAUCAAACUCGCAGAAUCGACUCUGCGGUUAUCAAAUAUCGAUCUUGUUGCUACAUAUGUUCUCAAAGGUGAUAAAUCUUCCCAGAUGCCAGUGACUUCAAGGCUUCGAAAUGAUGUAAUAGAUCCUGCUUUCUUAGAAGCUCAAAAACUCCUUGGGGAAUAUGCAACGUGGUUACAAUCAAACAAUGCUCGUAGAGGAAAUAUGUAUAAAGAAUCAUUCGAAAAAAGAUGGCCUUCGGUUGUUCCAUCAAUCAAGUCCCAGAUGGAGGCAAGUGAGAUACUAAGAACAAAACAUGAACGAGGGGUAACUGUGAUUGGAGAAUUCAGUGCCGCUGCUGCUUCUAAACUCUUCGAGCAAGAAAUUCGUGAAGUGCUAUUGGUUACUUUCGGUGGAUUGGGUGCAUCUGGUCUAUCUGCAUCACUUCUGACAUCUGUCUUGCCUACCACAUCUGAAGAUCUCCUUGCUUUAGGCCUUUGCUCCGCUGGCGGCCUGUUCGCAAUCUCGAAUUUCCCGAGCGGGAGGCAAAGGGUAGUGGAUAAAGUAAGAAGAACAGCUGAUGCAUUGGCUCGUCAGCUCGAAGAAGCGAUGCAAAAGGAUCUCUCGGAAACUACAGACAGCUUAAACGACUUUGUAACACUUAUUGGCAAACCAUAUCAACAAGUAGCACAAGAUCGAGUCAAUAAACUGUCGUCCACUAUAGACGAAUUAACAGCCAUUGAAGAUAAACUCCAGACAUUACAAAUCGAAAUCCAAAACCUUCAUGUAUCAAGGUAGCACCUCAACUCUUUUGUUUUUCAUCCAUGCAACACUUGUCUCAUUUAAGAAUCAACUGUUAUUAUUUAUUAUUAUUACUAUAUAAUUUUUUUUUUAAUAA